CAGUCAUGCCUGUCAAAAUUUCGGAGCUAAUCGACGAGAAAGAUGACAAUAACGAACACGGCCAAUAAAACACUGAUAGUCCGGGAGGUGGUGUCACUUUUGAACUAGUGAUCGAUCUUCACACGAAUUUUUCAGCGUGCGUAGUUCUUCACAUGGACAUAUGAGAUCCGCGCGUCAGUCAGUCCAAUAGCGGUGGGUGUGGGAGUCUGUGGAACUUGUCAGAAAAACUAUGAAAAAAAGUUAAUAAUCUGAACAUGAAAAUUUGUUGCAAUGUUAAUUAUUGAUAAUUAAACGUGAAAAUAUUCGUCAGUCACGCUACCGACGGGGGAAACAUCGUCAGUCAGAGGUUUGAAGUAGUCGGAAAAGUUGGAAAAGUGACCGAUCUUCACUCAAAAUUGUAUGGACUGAUUAUUUGAUUCAAAUCAAGCAUGAAAAUGAACGUCAGCCACCUUUAUCGUGGUGGAUUCUGUGUCAGUCGGGUUUCCAAAGUCGAGGGCAGUGACCAGGUUUCUUUGACGCGCUGCAUCCUAUGAAGUUAGACUGACGAAUAAUCCACCAGCCACGUGCCGACUGACGAUUGUUUAUUGAAUGUCAGACAAUUUCUCAUUUAUUUAUAAAUUUCAAGGUGAUAUAGAUCACUGAAGAAAUGGAAAGUCAUGAGCCCAAACAAUGUGACGUCAUCGUUUUCGAUGAUUUUCACAUAGUCCAUGCUAUGAAAGAAAUUCCUGUAUCUUUUGAAAACAUCUCACAGAAAAUCUUACAUUCUUUCACUGCGAACCGCGCAAAAACCAUCAUAUUUGCGUUCGAUCGUUACGUUGCCCCAUCUAUAAAAGAUAACGAGCACAUAAUGCGUGGAAGAGUACCUAGAGGUUAAUCGUUUUACCAUCAAUGGACCUCAGCAGAAACGAUUAUCGAAUUUAAAAAAUGAUUUGAAUAAUAAUUAUUUCAAGGAAGGUGAGAUUUUUAUGUGAACAUUGGAAUCAGGACCAUAUGAGUUCUUACUUUGGUGACCGAACUGUUUUCAUAAACCAUGAGAAAUGUUUCAAGUUCGAAGUCAUUGAUAAUAAGAUUGCCAGAACAGUGGAAGAAGAUUUGUCAUGCUCUGAACAUUUGGAAGCUGACUCUAAAAUUAGUUUUCACGUCUGCCAAUUGAAUUUGGAUGCUUAUGUAACGAUACGAUGUUCAGACACAGAUAUAAUUAUUGUGAUUAUGCUCGAUGUGGUGUCUUGCUUCGCGGCACAUAACUAUAUAAUUAGUUCGAUUGAUUAUGGCUGGCAAGAAGAAGAUGGAAAAUAUAUUUUCAAGUGGUUCGAUGGAGAACAGUUACCUGACCUUCAAGAUAUCACCGAUGAUUUAUCAACAAAUCUAACAGAUUGUCAAGAAGAUGCUGACGGAGACGAAGAGUCAUCAGAUUAUGACAAUGAAAGCUUUACAGAAGAGUCGGACACCCAGAGUGAUAGUGAAACCGAUUAAUUUCAUAAGAUUUUUGUAUUUUGUAUUAGCAAUAAAAAAAGAAUGAUAUUUCAGUGAACGCGAUAUUUUAAUUUAGAAGAAUAGUGUAGUAACUGUUCAUGAAUUGAAUUUUGAAUUUAG